AUGGCUCCUGGUGGUAUCAGAAUGGCUAGACUGAGGCAAGUUAACUGCAAACCCGUUGCCAUGGGUGAGAACUACUUUUGCUCAUUACCACCACCACCAAGGGUGAGAACUCAACUAGUCCAUUUGCCAAUUCAAUUGGAGCCAAAAAUUGGGAGUAGUCCUAUGGAAGUGCAGCAGAGGAAGCCAGCAGUUGCUGCUGCUACUAUUCAAUUGGAACAUAAAGUCACAGGACUUGUUGUAGGGGAGACUACACUUAUUGGGAAUAAUGUGUCAAUUUUGCAUAAUGUGACAUUGGGAGGGACUAGUAAGGCAAGUGGGGAUAGACACCUUAAGAUUGGUGAUGGGGUGUUGAUAGGUCCAGGGACUUGUAUUUUGGGGAACAUUAAGAUUGGUGAUGGAGCUAAGAUUGGUGCUUGUUCUGUUGUGUUGAAGGAAGUGCCACCAAGGACUACUAUUGUUGGAAAUCCUGCUAGGGUGGUUGGAGGGAAGGAUAACCCUAUUAAAUUGGAUAAGAUGCCUAGUUUUACCAUGGACCAUACUUCAUGGUCUGAUUAUGUUAUAUAG